GCGUACGAUCGGCACACGAAUAUGGGUUGGGUUAAAAAUCCAUAGAUUGGAUGAUCUUGGCCGCCGGUUCGUCGUUUUGCACCGUCGCGUUAUUGAACGCGGAAGAAGAGGAGCAGCCCUCCAUGGCCCACUACUCGCAGCAUGCAGGUCUGUCUUCUAUCGAAGACUGGGGGUACUCGGAGACCCAGAAUGAGGGCCCACCUGCUGCACGUUACGGUUCAUCAUCACUAGCGGCUGGAGAGCAACAGCAGUGUUACACGCAUGAUGGCUGCAAGUCCCAAUGUCCCAUUGGAGACAAGGUGGGGGCAAAUGUCGGAGGACCGGAGGGAGAUUUGCAGCAGGCCCACAGGAGAUCUGUGUUCUUGUUCGGGGGUCCAGCAUGGAGCGGGGGGGGCGUUCGUGGGCCGGAGAAUGCACAUGUCACAGCUCCUGUGAUCGAUGUCCCACUGCCGUCUGUAGUGACAGGUCACGGACAGUUGCCAUCUCCGGUUUCGCCCGUGGCGGGGUUCCGAAUGGGCUUAGGCGGAGACGAUGAGGUUGCUCUUCGGCAGCGCCUGAGACUGCGUGCCAUGGCUAUGUCAGACGGCCUUUCUCUGUCACCGGACGAACGUGGCAGAGCUCCUGUCGCCCUCAGAACUCCGCCUCGUACCGACGGGAGCUGCCAUGGCAGUCCUGGUCCCUCCACGGUCAGUUCCGUGGAUAACGACACGACGGGGUGUCGUUCGUCACACACACCUGCAGCAUUGUCGCCGAAUCGGCAAGCGAGUUUCCGACUGUCACCUGAGUCAAUCCGUGGUGACGCUUCACCGCAGCCGCAUGUGCCACACACCGGGUCGCCGGAGUACGUCAUCAACCGCAUUAUUCGGGAGAAUGAAGCCGGUGGACUGUCCAACCAGGACUGUGAUCCAAGGCGGUUGCAGAACACUCCAUGCAGUGUGGAGAACGUGGCGGGCACGUCCACGACAAGGCCAUCCGAAGCCCCCCCCACAAGACCGCCGCCUGCGGAGAAGAAUACGGAUAGGUGGGGGGAGACUGAGACUGAGUGGUUGUGCCGGUUCAGGAAUGAAGUGAAGACUCUUAUGGGGGAAGAGACAGAGCCGUUGGGUCGGGCGAGGUUGAAAACAGGUUUCUGGAAGGAUGUGGAGCAGCGCAUGAAGGGGAAGGGUUUCAACCGUAACGCUGAACAGUGCAAGAACAAGUUCAACACACUCCUGGACUACUACCGAAGAUUGAAGGCGCACAAAAGUUGGUCUGGUUUGCCGAGUUAUUGGGACAUGAACCAAACGAGGCGGAAGAAGUACAACGUCGACUUUGUUUUGCGUCGUGCAGUGUAUGACAUCAUACACCCAGUGGAGAAAGACAAGGACUCCAUUAACUUGUCGAAUUUGAUGGACUCAGGGGCGGACGAGGAGCGUCUUGAAGACAGCGAGAGGUGCAACAACGUCGAUGCUGAGACGGAAGGAGGAAGCGAAGACCCUGCGGUCGGGUCGGGCAGUUCACCAGGCCUUGGGGGUUCAUCGGGCGGGCAGCGUUCAACGGGCUUCGGUCCGGUGCUGGGUAAACGGCGGCGAUCCUACGUUAAUGCUCGCGAGUCAAGUAUGCAUGCUGUGACAGGUGCUAUGCGUGAUCAUACCGCCGCUCUGACACGUUCUGACAGGGAGUGCGUGAAGAUGCGUUGCGAAGCGACACGCGACAUCGCAAGGCACCAGGCAGAGGUUAAUCGGGAGUUAAUGCAGCAAGAAAUAGCGUCACGUGAGAGAAUAGCUACCAUAACUGGGGAGAGGGUUGAGAAGGGUUAUCUCAUUCUUGCAGACGCCAUUCGGAGUCUGCGUCGUCGUAGUAAUAGUCCAUCUUCUGGGCCGGAUAGCAGCGAUUCGCGGUAGUUGUAGUUGUAUUUAUGCGUCGACGUUGGUUUCGUCGCAGAUGGUGUUCCGAAACAUUAAAAGU